CCCUCCACAGUACCUGGGCUCCAUGCUGAUCAAAGACCUUCGAGGGACAGAAUCCACCCAGGACGCCUGUGCCAAGAUGCGGAAAUCCACCGAGCACAUGAGGAAGGUCCCCACCAUCACCCUGUCCAUCACCUACAAAGGCGUCAAGUUCAUCGACGCCUCCAACAAGAACGUCAUCGCGGAGCACGAGAUCCGGAACAUUUCCUGCGCGGCCCAGGACCCCGAGGACCUCUGCACCUUCGCCUACAUCACCAAGGACCUGCAGACGGGCCACCACUACUGCCACGUCUUCAGCACGGUGGACGUGACCCUGACCUACGAGAUCAUCCUGACGCUGGGGCAGGCGUUCGAGGUGGCCUACCAGCUGGCCCUGCAGGCCCAGAGGGCCCGGCCCGUGGGGGCCUCUGCCGCCGAGCCCGUCGAGACGAGAUCUUCCAAGCCGGUGCCGAAGCCUCGCGUGGGUGUGAGGAAGUCAGCGGUGCCGCUGCCCCCCGACACUCGCUGUUGUUACUGUCACACCUGCACCACCCAUCGUCCUUCUUACCUGCCGCUGCCGUCUGUUAGUCCUGGAGUCAAGCUGGAACCGCCCGACAUGGAGCCAGAUGCCCAGUCCCAUGCCAGCGUCUCCUGGGUCGUGGACCCCAAACCAGACUCUAAGCGGAGCCUCAGCACCAACUGAGCCACUGAGGAACCAGCUGUGCUGCGGACACAGGUGUGGGAGCUCGGGCUUCCGCCACCGCCACCUGCACCGCCACCACCACGUCACCUGCAGCUUCGAAGCCCCAGGCCCGGCCUCCUCCCGGCUGCCUGCCGCCUGCCGCCUCGUCCUGCAGAGCGCGCCUGCCCUGGCUCGGAGCCCUGCGGGCCUCUCUCCCGGGAGACUGGAGCCCAGAGGGUCAAGAUAUGACUUGUCCAGAACACGUGUUUUAAUAGAAAAAAAUUUUAUAAAAUGAACUUUUAACACUUGCCUCAAACCUCUAGGUUAAACUGCCAGCCUUUAGACGGGUGCCUGUAGGGUCAGGGGACGGAACCGCGGCGGGUAAAGGGCCUCUGUCCUCAGGACGGGGUUUGGGAGGCCCAGUGGGUCGGAUGGAGGCAGUGCCCGUGAGUAGGAAAGGGGGACCCGAGGGCAGCCCUGACUGCGUGUUGUUAGUCUGCGUUUCACACCCGGCCAAGUUGGACCUGGUCCCUGUGAGCGCACUUCUCGUCCCCACCUGGCCCGGGCCCCGCCUCAGAGGCGCCCGGCAGGGGCAGAGGCUUCUGGUCGCUGUCGGGUCUGGGGUUCCUGGAGGGAAGGUCCAGGUCCUGCUGGAGACGAGCGAGCAGUUCCUGUGCCAUGAAGUCCGAGCCGCGGUCGGAGCCCUGCCCCGGCUGCCUGGCCCAGGAGCUUUCUGGGGACUCGGGCGCCUGGUUGCGUUGGAAAGAACAGGCAGCUGAGUUUGGGCAUUAGUGGGUCGGCAGCUGAGAUUGCUGCCUGCCGAUUCGUGAUCUGUCUAAUCAGGCCUCUGAUUAGGCCUCACGCGGGUUCUCCCAGUUCCUGGCUGACUGUGCUCAGCUGCUGGCCCUCCCCUGGCUCCACACGGAGGAAGGAAGGUGGCAGCUUGCUUCCCUGUGUGGCCUUCAGGGCAGGUGGCGUCGCUGCCCUCAGCCCUCCGGGGCUUGCUUUGCUUUUUACCUGUGGUGUCUGUCUCCAUCUCUCCAACACCCACCCACCCCCCUCCCCCACCCCCAGUGGAGCAGAAACGAGGCGGGUUCCUGGGAGGUGGAGCUGGCCGGCAUGGUAGCCAUGGCCCAGCGGGUCUUUCCCAGGGAGGGUAGAGGCGGAGCUCUGCCUGCGGGUGCAGGAGAGCCCUGGGCACCUGGUCGGCCAGACAUGGGAAGCAGGGCCGGAGGCUGGGCCAUCCUGCCCACGUUCCCUGGCAGUCGCCUCCCUCCGGGAUAGAGGGGGCUCCCCCACUUUUCGGUACUGAACGGGAGCCUGGGAGUUUGACUCAACUUCCUGUUGCUUCCAGGGCCUGCGAGGACUCCCCUCAGCUCCCCGUGAGGGUGACCUGCUUUCUGCCAGGAGUUGGCGAGGGCGGAGGCGGGUGGGGAGCAGCCUCUGCUGGGCCGCGGGCAGGGGGUACCAUGAGGCUAAAAGGGAACAGACACUACGAUGAGCCCUCGGCCCGCGUUGAGUCACAUGUAGAUGUUCCUCCUGGAAGCUGCUACGUGUUCUUUAUUUAUUCAGGGUAUUUUCCUAUUGGAAAGCCUAGGCGGGUCUGCUUGGCUCUGGCUUUGUGCUGAGAUGCGUUUAUUUCUGGAUAUCAGAAAGGAAGGACGGGGCCUGCUCUUCCCCUCCCCUGGGCAGGCCUCUCCCUGCUGGGAAGGAACUGCCAGGAUUGACAGGCUUCCAGCGGACGCCCUGCUCGGCACGUCUCGGUCAGGUCACGCGUGUAACAGCCGUCUCUGUGUCUCUGAACUGUGGGGCCCGUGUAGGUGGGACGUGGAGUGGGUGGCCCUGUCGCCGCCGCAGGCUCUGGCUGGCCCUCCUGCCUGCCAGCUGCUCUGGCAGGCCCUGCGCCCGCCCGCUCACUCCCUCGGGCAUCCGUGCCAGGUCCCGGGGGCGGGCAGCCACAGUCGCCCAGACCUUGGAGGCUGGUCCGACCUCGUCUGUUCUGAGGCGGCCAGGCCGCAGAAUGGCUGCCAGGAACGCAUUGUUGCCAAUGGUGUGGCGACGGAACGCGUUGUAAUAAAGAUGUUAUUUAAUCUGUCUCUGUAUUUUGAUACUUGAAUGACUUCCCCUUUUACUUUACUGUACAUAUAAUUGUUCAUCUGUCCAGUUUUGCCCGAAUUACACACAUCUUCUGGUACCAAACAGCCAAUCUGUGCAGCAACAUAGACUGACCUCACUGCAGGCGUGUGAGUACCCUGGGCCCCAGCAUUGGUUUUGUUAUUUUCCUAACGUGCAACUUAGAACAGACGGAACUAAUAAACCAGAAGCGACACGAAA